ACCAAAAUUUAUUUGGAUUUGUAGGAUAUAGUGCUGUUUUUGAUAGUUAGAUUUGGGUUUUGAAUUAUGAUUCAAUGUAGUUUUUGGGUUUGUUAAACCUUUAUUAGGUGUCAUGCUUUGAGUUUAGUUUUUUUUCUUUGAAAUUGAGAAAUGAAAUGAAUGUGUUGUUCUUGACAGUUUGAAGAAGCUGAUUUGAAAUUUUGGGAGAGAGGGAGAGAAGAUUUAGAUUUGAAAGCUGAAAAUGACGAUUGGAACACUUGCAUCUGAGAAAAAGAAAGCUACGAAGAAUAAGGAAGUUGUUGAUGAGAACGCGCCUUUGGUACCGAACUCUCAGGAAACCGAGGGCGAGUUACAUGAGUUUAAUGGAGCUUCAUUUUCUGGUGCUGUUUUCAAUUUGUCAACCACGGUUAUCGGUGCUGGAAUCAUGGGCUUGCCUGCUUGUGUUAAGAAAUUGGGAAUGGUGCCGGGUCUUAUUGCGAUAAUCCUAACAGCAUUGUUGACGGAGAAGUCGAUUGAGUUCAUUAUCAGGUUUUCAAGAGCUGGGAAUUUUCCUGCAUAUGGAAGUCUUAUGGGGGAUGCCUUUGGGAAAUAUGGAAAAGCUUUUCUGGAGAUAUGCGUUGUUGUUAAUAACAUGGGUAUUUUGAUUGUUUACAUGAUUAUUAUCGGUGAUGUGAUUUCUGGAACAACUUCAAGUGGAAUUCACCAUUCUGGUAUCCUUGAAGGAUGGUUUGGUGUCCAUUGGUGGACUGGGCGGACAUUUAUUCUUGUUUUUGCAACACUUUUUGUGUUUGCACCUUUGGUUAGUUUUAAGCGAAUUGAUUCAUUGAGAUUCACAUCUGCAUUAUCAGUUGGAUUAGCUGUUGUUUUCCUUAUCAUUGCUGUGGGGAUCUCAAUUAUCAAGAUUAUUAGUGGAGGCAUUGGGAUGCCCAGACUCUUCCCGGUCAUUACUGAUGCAGCUUCGGUUUUUGAUUUAUUCACUGUAGUUCCCGUGCUGGUGACCGCUUACAUCUGUCACUACAAUGUUCACAGCAUAGAUAAUGAACUGGAAGAUCCCUCAUGGAUGCAGGGGGUUGUGCGCACUUCCCUUACUCUAUGCUCUUCAGUGUACUCACUCACAAGCUUCUUUGGAUUCCUCCUAUUUGGUGACAAUACUCUCGACGACGUGCUUGCCAAUUUCGAUACUGAUCUCGGAAUUCCUUUCGGUUCGGCGCUCAAUGACGCUGUUCGUUUUAGCUAUGCUGCGCAUCUUGUGCUUGUAUUUCCUGUAGUUUUCUAUGCACUAAGGGUCAACAUAGAUGGUCUGAUAUUUUCCUCAUCAAGAAGGCCUUUGGUUGUUGAUAACUUCAGAUUUGCAUCGAUUACUAUUUUCCUUGUUGGCAUUAUCUUCAUAGGAGCAAACUUCAUACCUAGCAUUUGGGAUAUUUUCCAGUUCACUGGAGCAACUGCCGCAGUUUGUGUAGCAUUCAUAUUUCCAGCUGCAAUCACUCUGAGGGAUCGAUACAACAUAGCCACUAAAACCGACAAAAUACUAUCUGUUUUUAUGAUAGUUCUGGCAGUCUUGUCAAAUGCUGUUGCUAUAUACAGCGAUGCUUAUGCUUUGAUCAACAAGAACAAAAAUGGUCUGAUGGAUUGAGUGUUAUAUAAACAAAGCUACUACGUGUACAAAUAUUCUUCAAAAGUGUGUGGAGGUAUGCAACUUGUUCAACCUUGUUUGUAUUAGAGAACUGUCAACAUGUCUCUACAGCUUCCGACAACGUAUUUGUUGUCAAAAUAUCAUUUCACUUGUAAGAUGGUCUUUGCCGAUGAAACUGUGGAGGUUCUGUUGAAUGUGCCUCAAUUUCCCUGGCUUGAUCUCUCUCAUAAAUGUAAGUGAGACGUUGUAUGCAUUACUAUUGGAUAAAGGACCUUAGGGGCGUCCUGUUGCUUCUGAAAGAAUGCUUAAGUUCAAGCAUUUUUUAGCAAGACAAACACAAAUUUAGUUAUGGAUUUGAAAAUGGGAUAGUAUUGCACGAUUCUUAGGUAAUCAUAUAUUUUUAGAUUAAGUGUUUCAUUGAAUAUAUUAGCAUCUUGCAAAUUUAUUCAAGUCAACUAUUUCAUUGAACACAUGUAAAAUGUAAAUGUUGUUUUGAUAUGUUAUUAUUGACAAUGUUUGUUUAAAAUUUCUAAAUGAGUUCUGAGUUGUGUGUA